ACUUCCAGCGGGAAGCGCAGCACUACGCCCGGCUGGGCAACCCCCUCCUCGCCACUUGGCGGCGGCGGCGGGGCUGCGCGGGUUCCGUCCAGAGCAGCGGCUGCUUCGCCUUCCGACCCGAUCGCGCCCUCGUCGGGCAGGAGAGGCCCCCGCGAGCCGGGAUGGGCUGAGCGCCCGGGGAAGAAGCAGCCGAGAGGAGCUCGUGGGCCGGCGAACAAGUGAGUGGCCGGCCGGCUGGCUGGUUGGCGCUGCUGCUCGGGGAGGCUGUGCGCUUGGUGCAAUGCAACACCGCGUGGCCGCCUGCAGGGCUCCGCGGCGGACAUGCUGAGCAGGGGAGGAGCCGGCGGGAAAGCGCCAGGCGGGCUCGGCGGCUCCGCAGCAGGGCUGGAGGGAGCGGGCGCCGCCAGCUCGGCCUUCGCCUUCCGCAGCAGGUGGAUCCCGCAGGCGCGGCUCCGGGGAUGAGCCCCGCGGGCGCGCCGCCUCCUAUCGCCCCGGUCAGCACGCGCUCGCAGCCGCCGCCGCCGCCAGGGUCGGACUCUGCGCUCCCCCCGAUGGUUCCCGCCCGCCUGCUUCUCUGUGACAGGGACGUGACCUUCCCUGGCUGAGCCUGACGAUGUGGGGUCAGGAUGCCUCGGUGCCCCGACGUCGCCUGGCGCAACCUUGCAGGGGCGCUCCUUGGCUGCUGGCGCUCCUGCUGAGCUUGGCCCUUGCCCGCAAAGGGGGCUCGGCGGCACACUGCCCCAGCAAUUGCGUCUGCGCCAGCAACAUCAUCAGCUGCUCCAAGGCCAACCUGAGUGUCUUCCCCCAUCCCCUUCCCUCCUACGCGGCUGCCCUGGACUUCAGCUACAACCAGCUGACGCGCCUGCGGGCGGAGUGGGCGCCUUCCCCGCUUCGCCACCUGCACUCCCUGUUCCUCAGCCACAACGGCCUUUCCUUCAUCUCCACGGAGGCCUUCACCAAUGUCCCUCACCUCAAGUACCUGGACCUCUCGUCCAAUAACAUCCAGGAGCUGGGGGAGAACCACUUCAGUCACCUGGUGAAGCUGGAGGUGCUGCUGCUCUACAGCAACAAGAUCUCCAAGAUUGACCGGACGGCUUUUGAAGAGAUGACCAAGCUCCAGAAGUUGUACCUGAGCCAUAACGCCAUCAGCCGCUUCCCCCAUGAGCUGCUGAAGAAGGACGAGGGGGGCUUCCCGGAGCUGGCCUUGCUGGACCUCUCUUGCAACAAGAUCAAGGAUAUUUCCGUGGACGAGGUGAACAAGCUCCCGGCCUGGGUGAAGAACGGUCUCUACGUCCAUGGCAACCCCCUCACCUGCCAGUGCCCGCUCUACAACCUCUUCACCCACUGGCAGAAGCGGCAGCUGAGCUCCGCCACGGACUUCAAGGAGGAGCUCAAGUGCUUCCUCGAGAAAGACCGCAAAAGCAUCAAAAUCUCCAGCCUCAGUGACCCAGGGGGCUUGAACUGCAGCGAGUUCAAGGAGCAAGUGCUGGAGGUCCAUCGCGGGGAAGAGGUGAUCAUCAACUGCGACACGAGGCAGCGAGGGGUGGUGAUCAGAGAGUGGCUGACCCCCCGCUAUGAGCGUGUCCCCCAGGAGGGCGACAACAGCUCCAUGACCAUGCUGACCAACGGGAGCCUUCAGAUCAAAAACAUCAGCGUGGAGGACAUGGGUCCCUAUACCUGCUAUGCGGUCAGCCAGGUGUUCAACGAGACCCUCUAUGUGCACGUCACGGUCCACAACUACUCCUUGCACGGGACCCCGGACACCCUCAACACCGCCUACACCACGCUGGUGGGCUGCAUCCUGAGCGUCAUCCUCGUGCUCAUCUACCUUUACCUGACCCCCUGCCGCUGCUGCUGCCGCAACGGCGAGAAGCAGGCCAGCCAGCGCGAGGACAGCAUCAACUCCUCGGUGCUUAGCACCACGCCCAACCACAACACCGGCGGGGGCAAGGAAGGGCUGAACCGGCACAUGGCGCCUGGCAACGCGCAGGGCCAGAAUGGCAAAUGCAAAGCCAACAGCUCCCCCAAGCAGGCGGUGAAAGGGUCCCAGAAGGCAGAGCGGAAGAUGUCGGAUGCGGACUCGGUCAGUUCCGUCUUCUCCGACACACCCAUUGUGGGGGCCUCGCAGGGCGAAGGCGGGAGAGGAUCCGGCAGGGAUAAGGCAGGGGCUGAAUUAGUGGGGCUGCUGUGAUCGUUCUGGCACUGGGAAACAAGAUGGAAGAUGCAGCCACAUCCCUUAAGGCAUAACAAUAUUCUCUGGUACAGUUCUCCGACCUGCCACAGUAUGUAACGGCAUUGCUUUGUUACUUUCCUCCUGUUGAGCCCACAGUCCAGUGUCGAAAACCUUGAUCUCCCAAGCACAGUCUUUCCUCAGCCCUCUGUUUCUUUGGAAUGACAUGGUUUUUCAGAUCGCCCUCAUGGGAACCUUUGUGAGCAUCUCAGCCACAGGCAAAAGGGUCCAGCAGACUUCACUAGGUUUUCCUGCAUCCUGCUGUCGCUUUUGCUAACUUUUCCUGGGUGGGACUUUCCUCCCAAGUCUCUGUGCAGGUAUGAAUACCAGAAGAGCAGCCCCGGCUCAUCCGCUGCAGCAGAAAUGGCAGUGUCACCUUCAGAGACUUAACAAUAUUAGGGUGGCAUAAGCUUCCGUAGGUGGCAGCCUGCUCCAUCGGAUGUUACAAAGUGGGCCUAGAAACCAAGGUUUUUGUUCACCUUCAUGCAAAUUAAAUCACAUUCAUCUCCACAGUAGCUCCAGAGAUGGCAGUAACCCCAAUUAGCCACGGUAUUGUGGGAGUGGGGUGGGGGAAGUUGACUUUUUAAAAAUGGCUCAAUAAUAUUUUUUUUAUAUAUCUAUAUAUAUAUAUAUAAACUCUUGCUACAAACACUUAUUUAUUUAUUUAUUUUUACAGAAACGGAGGUUCCCACCAUUACCAGGCUUUUUCAGGACAUAAUUCAAAUAAUUUUUCUAGUAAGCAGGCAGACCUGUUUUGGAAUCCUCUGCUCUCCCUUUUUCCUUUUUUUUCUUUUGGUGGGACUAUGACAGAGAUAAAAACUGAAUUUUUAAAGAAACAUAGUAGUGAGGAGAGAUUAGUUACGCAGUCUUUCUUCACUAGGAAGCUCUUGUUAAAACAUAAAAGGAGCUAAACCCAAACCUUUUAACCUUCGUGGCACCAAAAUGCAAGAAGGGAACCAACAGCCUUGGGAGCUGGCAAGGUGGGAUUCCACAUCCCCACUCAUCCAAAACCCAUCCUGCUUGCUCCAAGACGCAGCAGAAGCAAGAACAUGGCAUGGCAUGUCCCAGAUCUCCUGCUUUCCCCUCUCCGCAGCCUGCUUGGCAGAUUCCCAUUACUGUGAACACCCAAUGGGUCAAGCUGGGGGUCCAGAGCGCAGCUCUCCAUCCUUGCAAAACUUUGGCAAAUUUGGAGACUGUGGGAGGCUAUCUAGAUCUUGGAAAUCCCAAAGCCAUUGGGCAGCCUCUUCACCCUGUUUUAGGAGACCAAGCGGUCGACAACCCCAAGGUGCUUGAUGGGGAAAGCAGCUGAAAUGAAGGUGCCGCUCAGCUCCCGUCAACAGCCAUGUUUAGGAGCGUUUCCACCCAAAGAGAGGCCUUCCUGAAAUGUGCAUGUGCUGCCUUUGAGCCUCGCCCUGUGACACCACUGUAUGUGACUCAGGCAGUGGGGUGUAGAAGCAGCAGAGAAGAGGGAGAAAGACAAGAUAAGUCUCUGUAUUAAAUAUCUGGAAUUGCACUGACUGUGCUCUUUGUGGGGCAGCUGGCAUGACGUCACUGGAGGUGAAGCAAUUGCAGUGAGAAGGUCCCUGUGCAAAGCAGGGGACUUAACCCUGCACCUAUUCUCAAGGGAUCUAACAGAGAAGGCUGAAUCCCACCUGCUCUGUCCAGCUCAGAAUGCUCCAUUGGAAAUGGGUGGAUUUGAAAAGCCAUGUGGGGUUGCCAAGGAUGGGGGAAGGCCCUUGAGACGGUCCCCUUGCAAAGGUUUCCCUUUGAUCUGCAUUCAGGCUCCAUCAGUUUAUCUGUUGGCUGAAGUGGGAAAUGAAAGGGGAGAGUUCAGGGCUGGCAUGCAGGGGCGACACUAUAAGCCAUAAGAAUGUAUUGCACAAAUUUGUGAAUGGGUCCAAAGCAGCGAUAAGUCCUGAAGAGCACAGCUCUGUGCUAUAGCCAUAUGAACCCUGCUCACAGCCCUGAGGCUCAUUGCAAUCAGUCACUUAGGGAGACGCCCAAGAACAACCAGAGCCCAAAGUGAAGAUGGAAGUCAGCUGUCAGAGGCAAAUCUCCCAUCUUAACUGACUCACUCUGGGGCUUCUUGCUUUCUCUGGCAUGUUAUUGGGAAGGAGAAGUCCUCUAAUUGAAGCAGCAGUCCAAGUGAGGUGCCUGCAAGCCAGAAGAGGGAGAAAAAGGAGAGGCUGAGAUGAAUGAAUGAGAAUGAGAGAAUGAGAUGAAUGAAAUGCGAGGAUGGUGAAAGCAGGGAAGUUUAGCAAUAAGACAGCUGAUUUUUAUAAAUCUGUGGUUGAAUUCUCUAGCUCAUCUGGAACCGUGGUAGGUUGCCAUGUUCUGACCCCCUUCGUCCCUUUACAGAUCUCUUCUGUCAAUCUGUUUUCUGAAAUUUCCAGACACGGGGAGCAAAAUCAGAACUAUUUUAGAGUAAGCAAAAGACAGGACAGAGUUUUCCCUGUGCAUGUUUGCUGGAUGAGGAAACAUAUCAACUAGGGCUGUUGAUGUAAAUACAAAAAAAUUGAUGACCUUGUACUGUAACAGUAUAGGCUACAUAUUUAUUCAUGCUAGGACAUUUAAUAGCUGUGAAGCUCUUAUACUUCGGGGGGGGGCAUUCAGGGAACGUGAGAGCUCCUUUUGGCUACCUGUUGACUUCACUGCUGCUUAACCCCUUUGCUUCUUGGGCUGGAAAGAUCCAUGCUGCAGAUAAUGAAAAAAAUUCACAGAUUGCACUCAUAGCAGAAAGCUAUCUGCCUUCCCCAUCUGCAAGCUCUUAUAGAUGGGAUGAAGGGAGAAGGGUUUGCAGCCUGAAUCCCUACAGCCCUCAAUCAGCAUAUGGCCAAAGGGCCACAGAUACAUAGUGCAGAUGCACCAGAGUCAACUCUCUCAUGCGCACAGCAUGUAUCUAUCACAUUUAAUGGGGAGGGGAGGGGACAUACAAAAUUGCCUCAUGCUGGAUAAGACCAUCUGUCCAACUAGCCAAGUAUUAUCCACUUUGGCCGGCAGGGAUUCUCCCAAGGACACAGACAAAGGUUUUCCCCAAACCUGGUAUCUGAUAUCUGCUAAUGAAAGAUGCCAGGUAUUGGACCUGGGAUUUUUUGCAUGCAAGCCUAUGUUCUCUUAAGCAGCCACCCAAUGCCCAGUUCUUGUCUACUGGAGAUGGGUGAACAGAAUGCUAACAUGAGUUGAAGCGAGGAUGGAAGCAGCCUAUGUUUCAGUAUGCACAUGUGUGCAAGUACGAAUUAGCAUGUGUGGGUACCCACACUUUUAAACCCCUGUUCAGAACACCUCCUAGCCUCUAAUGUUAUGCUAGAAAAGCUUGGUGCUUAAGUUGUGCAAGUAGCAGGACUAACCUCCAGAACCUUUCUAGGGAAAAGGGACAUGGACUAGUAGGAUUGUCAUUGCAUGGACAAUCUGCUUCAGCAAACCUUUUUCACUCCUGUUCCUCUUUGGAGAGCCAUAAAUACCCAUACUCGUUAAUAGAGUAAUCCCCUGUGAUGCUUUCUCAGGAUUCCUUGGUCCACCAAAGAGGAAGCAGAACAGAGGACUCUGGGAUAUCCCCAUAUCACUGAGCUUGAUCCUGGCAAAUUUACUUCUUCGUGUGGAAAUACCCUUGGCAGUGUGAGGCAAGGAGCCCAGAGUUUUAGGCACCACCACAUGUGACAUGAACAGCUCAUACUGGGCUAUGAACAAGGAUUCAUUGGGGUGUGUUGUUGUGUUUUUUAGCUUGAUCACAGGGAAAUGUGCAGAAGGAAACCUUGCAAGUACUGGUUGUCAGGAGCUGACAUUGUUGGGAACUUGCUGAGGUCCACACCAUUUCUUCCUUCUGAGCCUUCUGGCCCUACCACUCUUCCCCCUUGCUGUCACUGCCUGUUCUCCUACCCACUCAGAGCACAUGCGCAAUGGGAAGAGGGAGCAGACGGAGCAGUAUCUGCUGUGUGCCUUGCAUUCUCCAUCUGGGGGGCUGUGUGACAACAGUCAAAAUAGGCAGCAGGGACAAUCUUAUCCAAGCGUAGCCCAUUCCUGAAACCCAGAGCUAGCACCAUUGGGAGGAGAUAUUUCUGAAAGGCCCGGUGCAAGAAAGCCACUGGGACCAACCCAAACAUUACCUGAUCUCACUGGCUGUAGGUAAGCAUGAGAGAGCUGCUGGUUGGACCAUUGACUACUUGUUUCAAAGCACAUCAACGGUCCAGUGCAGAUGUAAGACUUCCACCCCGGAGCCCUGGAUCCAAACCUCCCUCCCAUCUCUCCUGCGCUUAGCUCUGGCUUGGUGGUAUUCCUGCACCAUGAACCCUAACCCUGGCAUGGCAAGGUGCUGAAUCCUAGUCAAACUAGUUCUGCGCUUUUCUCAGCCUUUGAUUUCAUAGCUGCCCUCUUCUGGUGUCCAUCAGGGACUGGGUUGGGGGCCAAAGUCUUAAGAGUGGCAGGACCCCCAUCCUAUUUUGUGACCGCUCAGGUCACUCCUUGCACCCUCUUGGUCAAAGCAGUGAAGAAAGGAGCUCUUUUUGCUCCUGUCCUACAGGUGGAUGUUGCUACGCCUCAUCACUAAGGCAACCUUUUUAUUCCAUCGAAACUGGCACAGUCACGAGUGGUUGCCACCCACAUGGUUUCCCUGUUGUAAGCUCUAGGCUGGUUGCUGAAAGGGAGGCUCUGCCUGCUCUCCACAGGGUGCCAGAACCACUCGCCUCUCAGCAAACCACCUGCUUGUGCCUGCUGUCUGUGUGCAACGUGCCACAGGGUCUCUGCUGAGAAUCUAAAUAUGCUCUGAGUCCACACUAAGCUGCCAGGAGAGAAAUAUCUUCCUUCCCUUACUGGAUAGGGCAUCCAAAGGAGGUAAGAAUAAGGAACACAGCUAGAAAUAGCUCCGCUAUGGUUGUGAGUACUGAAGUCCUCCUUAGGAUCAUGCACUGGGCCUGGUAUUUACUUUUGUUAAACAGCAUAAAGCGCUCAAUCCUAACUGAAAAGAAUCUCUUGAUUCCUCUUCCUAGCUGUUUAAAGAGAGAGAAUGUGAGUGAAAUCCCCCCACUGCCAUAAUAUACAGUGCGCUCCUUCAGACAAGCAGAAAACAAAUAGGCUUUCCCCCAUUUAGUUUGACCUUCUGGCUUGCUCAUUAAUGAUUGCCAUCUUUGUGGGUUUCUAAGGCUCCUGAAUGUUAGGCUAUUUUAGAAGGUUCAUCUAUUUAAACCAAGAUAUGCAAAUCGUCACCACUGGUUUCAUUUGCUGUCGGCUCCUGCUCCCACGCCUGGGUCAGCUACCAACAUUCCACAUAAGCAUCUUGAGGGAUUUUAGUUGAAUGAGACUUCGGGGAUGAAAGCUGCGCUGUCAGAUCUGCAGUGGUCAAACGUGAAUCUGCCCUGAAUCUGUCUGCCCUACUGAUAAGGUCAAAUGUAGAGUGUCAGCACAGUGGGAAGAAGUCAAGCUGCACACAGCACAAUCCUUUUUUUUAAAGGAACCUUUGUAUGUGCUCACCAUUCCUGGUGCCUUAGGCAAUGCGUGAGCAUGACAAAUGUGCAGUGCAGCUGCAAACAUGCUUGGGAAGGGAGAUGAAGGGGGAGUCUGGGGCCUAGACAGAAUGGCUGGCAGCAGAUGGUUUCUUAGGAGAUUACUGGAAAUCCCCACCCCCACCCCUUUAAAAAAAAUAAUGGAGGGAGGGCAAGGCAAGAACAAGAUUAGGGAUGCAUGUAUUUACGUAUGCAAAACAAAGGCAGGCUUCCCACUGUUUUACUGCACUUUUCUGAAUCCAUACAGCACAGCAAAGAAAGCUCCCCUCACACCACCAAGAAAGGUUGCCCAAUGCUUGUAGUACAGCAUGGCUCCAUCUCUCACUCCCCCCAUUCUGUGGUUUGCAGGUCAAGCAAAAUGUUAUUCCAACCUGCAGAGGAUGCAUACAUGCUUAUCUGUUCCAGGCAGAGACAACAAUCCCAAAGAGUACCUGGGCUGCAUUUCUGUUGAGAAGUCUGUACUCUCCAGCAUAGACAUAGGUGAAAAUAAAACAUGUUUUAGG